GUCCUGAAGGUCUGGGCUUCACUGUUGUGACCAGAGAUUCUUCUGUACAUGGGCCUGGUCCCAUCCUUGUCAAAAACAUCCUACCCAGAGGAGCUGCUGUCAAAGAUGGCCGUCUGCAGUCAGGUGACAGGAUCCUAGAAGUGAACGGUGUGGACAUCACCGGCCGUUCUCAGGAGGAACUUGUGGCUAUGUUACGCAGUACUAAGCAGGGGGACAGUGUGUGUCUGGUUGUGGCCAGACAGGAAGACAUGUUCCUUCCACGUGAACUGAAAGAGGAGCAGGCCCGCUUGCUACUGUCUGAGGAAGGGAAGGAGCAGCUGAUGUUUGAGGUCCCUCUCAAUGAUUCGGGCUCAGCUGGGUUAGGGGUCAGCCUGAAGGGUAAUAAGUCCCGUGAGACCGGCGAGGACCUGGGUAUCUUCAUCAAGUCCAUCAUCCACGGAGGAGCAGCUUUUAAGGAUGGGCGUCUAUGUGUCAAUGACCAGCUGAUUGCUGUUAAUGGUGAGACACUUUUGGGGAAGUCCAACCAUGAGGCCAUGGAGACCCUGCGGAGAUCCAUGUCCAUGGAGGGGAACCUGAGAGGAAUGAUCCAGUUGGUUGUACUCCGUGCUCUAGCACCACCUACCCAAGAGUUCCAGGAAGCACGGCGAAUUCUCAAUCGAUCCUUUGAUAGCUGUGUGGGGCAGGCGGGGCACCUCGGCCAAUCAGAUGGCAGCACUCAGCCCCCCAUGGUGAUGAACAGCAUCUACGAGCGAUGUGCGGUUUCAAAUGGGGGAUACAGUCACAUGGAAGAGGGGGAUGAUGAAGGCUUUGCUGCUAAUCCUCAUAGACAGGACAGCCUGACACUCCAGCAGAGUCUGAGUUCAGGUCUUCGUUCAGCUGACGCUUCUUUGACUGACGGAGGUCAGCAGGGUCAUAUGGAGCAGAAUCAUGUGAAGUCAUCUAAGAGCAUGGAUCUGGUGAGUGGAGGGGUGGAGUUGGGACCCACGCUAGGCCUGAAAAAGUCCAGUUCUCUAGAGAGUCUUCAGACUGCCAUGACAGAGGCCAAGAGGAAUGAGCUGCUGCCCUUCCAUAGGCCCCGCCCACACAUGGUAAGAGGGCGUGGCUGCAAUGAGAGCUUCCGGGCAGCAAUCGACAAAUCAUACGACGGCCCGCCAGAGGAGGAUGAUGUGUCUCUGCUCUUUGAUGAAGAUCCUGGCAUGGUGGCAGUAGUGAUAGCAGAAAUUUCACGCUGUUUUUCUUGCUUCUCCGCCUGCGUGUUGACUGAACAGAUGGGCUGGCAGUCUUGGAUCUCACCUCUCCUCCCUGUGCCCUUUCAACCCCCGCCAUCCGCGCACUGGUACCCUGUACCAGGGGUGCCAUUAUCCCAGAACCUGCCCUGCUCCCCUUACUUUUAA